AUGACUUCCAGCAACAAGUUCACCGUGCCAGAUGGAGCCGUGGCCCAGCUGCGAAUCAUCGACUCGACCACUAAGAUCAAAGGUCUCCCCAUGGACUAUCUCAUGACACCGCCGAUGCCUGGAAUGGAAGUCUUGCCCGAGGCUCCCACGUGGGCAUUCCUCAUUGAGAGCAACACGGGCCGCAAAGCAUUAUUCGAUCUGGGUGUUCCGCCGAAUUGGAGAGAAUUUUCGCCCGUCGUGGCAAAGCCGCUGCAGACCCGAGGCUGGGGUGAGCCCUCUGGAGAGAAGCACGUGGCUGAUAUUCUGGCUGACCAAGGCAUUGAUAUUGCCAGCAUCAAUAGCAUCAUCUGGAGUCACUGGCAUUAUGACCAUAUAGGGGAUCCUUCCACGUUCCCUACGUCCACCGAGUUGGUCGUUGGUCCAGGAUUCAAAGACGCCUUCUUUCCAGGCUGGCCGGCCAGGCCAGACUCUCCUGUACGGGAGAGCGACUUCAAGGGUCGGGAAGUACGGGAGAUCACCUUCGAAGAGCCGAAUGUCCUGCAGAUCGGGCAGUUCAGAGCCUUCGACCUCUUCGGAGAUGGGUCUUUCUAUCUUCUAGACACGCCUGGCCAUGCGAUCGGGCAUUUGGCAGGGUUAGCACGGACCACUCCGGACACGUUUGUUAUGAUGGGUGGUGAUCUCUGCCACCACGGCGGCGAGCUGCGUCCAUCAAAGAGCCUACCUCUGCCAGGAGAGAUCUACCUGCCCAAUCUGAUCCAGUAUCCUGGUUGUAUCUGCCCCGGUGCCGAGUUCGAGCUCAUUCAGAAGAAACGGUCGCGAGCACCAGACGAACCCUUCUUCGAUCCGAGUAUAGGCUAUGACAUUCCUGAAACCGUGCGGACCAUCAAGAAGGUUCAAGAUGCAGAUGCCGUGGAUAAUGUCUUUUUCAUAUACGCACAUGACAGCACCAUCAGAGGUAUCGUCGACCUGUUUCCCGCCGCAGCAAAUGACUGGAAGGCGAAAGGGUGGCGCGAGAAAUGCUAUUGGAGAUUUCUAGAAGACUUCGAGGGAGCAUUGAAGGCGAGCUAG